CAAAACAUUGAGUAAAUUGCAUGAUGAGAUUUUUAUAUGGAACUGUCAUUCCUGAAUUUUCUUAUUUUGUGCUGCCUUUGUUUUCCCUGAUUAAUUCUUUAUUUCGGAUAGUGAUAUGACAUUUACUUUUAACAAAUAUAUUAAGCGCAACUUCACUAUCACUUAUGUUUGACUCUGAUGGACUUAGUCGAAAAGAAAACCGUUUUUUUAACUUUAUCUUUGUAACAUUUGCAAGAAUUAUCAUGGAAUAUUAUCUGAGGCAAAUACAUCAUGGAAUUCAAGAUCCACUUAAUAUAGAUUUAAAAGAAUCUGAAAUUGUUGUCGGAAGGAGCACCAACUCGGAGUUAAAGAAGUAUUCUCAGGUUUCUCGCCAGCAUGCUCUUUUUAAAAAAGAAAAUGACGUCUGGUUUGUUAAAGAUAUGAAGAGUUUGAACGGAGUAUUUGUUAAUGGUAACAAAAUUGGGGAAAAUCCAGUGCGGCUGGAAAUAGGUGAUCACAUUGGACUUGGAAUACCGACAGCAGGAACCGAGUUUGAAGGUUUUGUCUGCUCAUUAAGCGUGAAACCUGUCUCAAAGAAAAUAAUCGUUGUCGAUUUAUGCGAUGAACCUCCAGUUAUUAAAACGGAACCACCUGAUGAUGUACCUUUCAGUACCAAUAAUGAUAUUUCUGGAAAUUCUUCAAAUCAGCACAUCACUGAUCAUUUCCCAUUAGCUAGUACUUCUGCAGAAAAUAAUGAAAGUGCACAGUUCUUUGAUAACCAUAAAAGUGCCGUAGUCUCUCAUAAUCCUGUUCCAAAUAAUAUAAAACAUCAGCAUUCUAAUAACACUGCAAUUGAUAAUUCUUUCAAUAAAAAUUCUAAUUUAUUUUCAACCCGUAACUCUGUUUCAUCGAUAGCAGAAACGAACUAUCACUUGAACUCAUUUGACUCCACAAAAAAAUCAAUUGUUUUAUCACCUGUAAAGUCUAUGAAAGUACAAUUUUCUUCACAAGAAUCUUUACAUAACUUGGAUCUUAGAAGCAACAAAGAAUAUAAAGAAUUUGGGAAAGAUGAGUCUAGAAACACUAAACAAAUUUCUUUGUCACAUGAAAAUACUGCUCAUAGAUUAUCUAUCCAAGACGCUGGUAUUUCAGCAGUUAAUGGGAGUAACACGGAGUAUUGCAGUUUGCUUCAAAUGCAGGAUAAAGAAACAAAUUCUGACAGAUCUGCUUUGCCUUUAAGUGAAAAAAUUAUGUUAAAAGAUUUUCAUAUUUGUUUAGUGAAGUGUGACAGUGAAUAUUUCAAGUUUCCUCCUGAUAUAAAAAGACCAAUAAUUAAUAGAGUUCUAUCUACUGAAGAAAAACACUUUCAUGAGAUAAAUUUCAAGCAAAGAAACAAAAGAAGAAUUAUAUCUUCCGAUUCAUCAUCAGAUUCUGAAGAUAAAAUAAAUUUAUCAAAACCACAAGUAAAAAUUAAAAAAGUAAAUGAAUCUUCUGCAUUGCUUAUAAAUCCAAAGUCUGAUCUAAAUACCUCUAAUAUUACCAAUAUGUCUUUUGAAGUAAAGAAUUCAAAUCAAAAUAAGAACAAAGAGGACGAGGUAGGUAAAUAUACAUACUCGGGCAAUUUAAUUCAUGCCAAGCCAGAUGUAUCAGAUCUUCCUGUCUUGGAAACUAAAAAGGACAUUGAACCUUCAAAAUUUUUUUCUGAAUCGCCUUUGUUUAGUGCAAUCGAAUCUGCUGGUAAUAAUGAGCAAAAUGAUAAACUAAAUGAAAAUUUAGCAAAAGAUAUUAUUAUGGAAGAAAUUGAACCUGGAAUUUUAAAUAAUACAACUUAUUCUCAGUCAGAUGAAGAUGGAGUCAUUGUAAUAUCUGACGAUGAUGAUGAAUAUAUGGACUUUCAUUCUUCUCAAAUUGUUAUAAAACAAGAACCUUUAGAUGCAGAACUAGAACUCAAUGGUGAUGAAGACAUGGAUGUUGACAAUGAAGGUAUUCAUGAUAUUUUGUCUCCUGAUGAAACACUUUCAGAGACAAUAGAAAACAUUAAACGAUUUGUUAAGACAUCUCUUCCAAACAAAGAUGAAAAUGCAUCAAAUAGAUUACAAACAUUAGACGAUGUUAAAGUCAAAACAUCUUCACCAGUUUCUCAAUUUAUUAAUAAUGUAGUAGAUUCCGGAUCAUCUAGUAAUAUUUCUAUAUCAGCAAAAAUAAUUUCUUCAGAGAUUAUGGGAUCUUCACUAUCUACUUUGAACAAGGAGAAAUUUGCCAGUGAAUCUGAAAGAUCAAGUGAUAGUGAUUCCAGUGUUAGCAACCAUAGUGUUAUUAUAACUCCUUCUUUUAAAAAAAAUAUUGAGGGAAAUAAAAAGCAAGAAAAAGGCAGUGAUGUUAUUCAGAAACAAAUUGAAGAAGUAAAAAGUAAAAAAUCUAAAUCUGUAGGAAGAGCAUUGUUGAUUGAACCUCAGAAACUGAAUCGAAGACCAAAUAGAUUAUGUGGUAGAGGAGAAUGGUUUGAAGAUAGAACCUCUGAAAAUCCUCCUGCUCCAGAGCCUAAUAAAUUAAUAAAAAUCAAAGAACCCAAAAUGUAUGACAAAUCUAAAGAUCCUAUUAAAACCAAAGCUCUAUCCGGAAAAAGGAGAGCAAAUUUAUCUACAAGGCAAUCUCUCCUGAACAAACUUCAAGGUCCAAAGACACAUGUGGCAAAUGCAGUUCCAUCACAAUCUGUAAAGAAAAGACAGUCUAGACCAUUAAUAAAAUCAUCUGAGAAAUCGGUUCUUGAAACACAGCCUCAGAAAGAAUCUUCAAAUGCCAAGAAAAAGAAUCCUCCUAUUUCGCGACUGCCAAAUGAAUAUGCAUCGCGAUCAGCAUUUCUAGUGUCUGAUAUGCAACCUAUUUUGGCAAAGAAAAGACCAGGAAGUCAAAAUAAAAUAGUAGAUCAAAAAGAAUCUGUCAAAAGCACUGCAGCCAAUAAAAGUAUCCUUCCAGCUUCCAAUCAGUCUAAUAAAUUUCUUGGUAAUAAAGGAUAUUCUAUACUAAAUACUUCUCAGCAGGGGAUUCAUAUGACAGAGAAAAAUCUUAAUAUGGGAUCUGGUGGAUCACAGAGCAAAAGUGUGCCUACUUUAAUUGUUCCACCUUUGACAACUGCUUCUUUGCCUUCAACUAGCAAAAUUUCCUCAGAAACCAAUAUUGCAGCUUAUGCCCAUUCUCAGAACAGGGAUCCUCGUUUGCAGCGUAGAUUGAAUUCUUCAGAGUAUAAGUCUACAAUGAAUAAAGAAUAUUAUGCUAAUAAUCACAUAAACAAUGCUAAUAAUUUGACUAAUAUAAAUUAUAAUAGCAAUAAUUUUCCUAAAAAAAAUACAAAUAGUUCCAAUACCAUCCAACAUCAUCCUGUUGGUAUUAAUACAAAUCGAUCACAGCCCUCUUUCUUGCUGAAUAAUUCAUCUUCUGCUCCAGCACCUGGUAAUUACCAAUCAUUUGCAUUAUAUAAUCAAAAACAUGGAAGAGAAAUAGAUAGCCAGAAUCAUACUGCUGUAGGUUUUGAUAUUAUGGUAAAAAGGAUCGUAGAAUUCAAUGUGAAAUGGUUAUUUGAACAGAAGACAAAUGAUUCACCACCACCUGAAAUAUCGAUUGGUGCCAGUAACUUACCACUAUUUUAUAAUUCUGUGGAUCAUUAUAUUUCCUCUUUUCUUCCAAUGCUUAUGUUAGAAACAUGGGAUAAUAUAUAUCAAGAGUCCAAAAUAAUUUUUGAAAGUGAAAAAAGAAUAGCUAAAAAAUUUUAUUUUAUUAUCUCAUCAACUGAAUGUAAAUUUAAUAUGACCGUGUACAACUGUGAAGCAAUGGUUAAUAAAACCUCUUUUGAACCAUCAGAAGGGAAUAUUUUGUUGAUGGAAAUAAAGGAGACAAACAAUAGCGUAAGGACUUAUUUUAGCUAUGUGUUUCGACAUCAAAUUGAGGAAGUGAAAAAUAAUACUAUAUCUGCAAAAUGGCAAAAAUUGGGACCUAUGUGGCUUGAUAAUGCAAAAUUGUGGCGAUUUUCUGUGUACAUUAAAAAGCGACAAGUGAUUCCCAUGUUUCAAAAAAUAAUGAAAGGAAAUGGUAUUUGCUCUGUUAGAAAUCGACUACGAUUGGCUGAUGCACUGAAAAACUUUACUAAAUCUUCUUUGAGUCAACUUAUUAUCCAACCAAAUGAAAAUGAUUUUUAUUUGAAAUAUCCAGACGUAUCUCCAACUAGAGAUUAUAAUUAUUCUCAAAUGAUGGUAAUUGAGGGAAUAAGUUUUGAAAUUUUGAAACAAGAUUCCAAACCAAAGAUAGUUUUGUUGCAAGGACCACCUGGCACAGGCAAGACCCAUACAAUUGUUGGACUACUAGAAAAAUUGACAUUUAAUCCAAAAUUCAAGAUUCUUGUUGUUGCUCCAUCAAAUGCAGCUGUUGACGAGAUUGGCUGUCGUCUAAUGUAUUUAAAUCAUUCAAAUUCAAGGAACCGAACCCACAUAAAAUUUGUGAGAAUUGGUUUACCUGAUCAAAUAAAUACCAAAUUGAAAUCGUAUUCUCUAGAUGAAAAGGCAUCUGAAUUAUUUAAGGAUUAUAAUGCAAAAACUAUUAAAAGCAAGAAGGAGGAACUUGAAAAAUUACAGAAACAAAUUAAUGAAUUGAAAAAACAUAAACAAGAUUAUAGCACCAAGCUGAAAAUUAAUAGUUUUAAAGAUCAGAUAAAAAAGGGUGAGGAAAAGCUUAAUUCAAACAGUGAUAAAUACAGAAUGUUAAGGAGUUUUAAAAAUCAAGUUUUGAGAGAAUCCAGUGUCAUUCUUUCUACUCUGGGUAGCUGUGGACAAGCAAUUUUAAAUUCUCAUUUUGGAUAUAAUGCCCGCUAUUCUUUCUCUUGUUGUAUUAUUGAUGAAGCUUCUCAGUGUACAGAAACUGAAGCACUCAUUCCUCUAAUGUUUAACAUCAAUAAAUUAAUCAUGGUUGGUGAUCAUCAGCAACUACCUGCUACCGUGAACUCUAAAUAUGCAGCUUCCUUUGGUUAUGAACGAUCCAUGUUUGAGAGGUUUCAUUUGUAUUUUUCAAAACAUUGUAAUUAUAAUCCCAUCUACAUGUUGAGCACACAAUAUCGUAUGCACUCUGAAAUUUGUAAAUUUCCAUCAGAACAUUUUUAUGAUAAUUUGCUCUCAACUGAUCCUCAUACUGACAUUCGGGAUCAAAACUUUCCUCUGCAUCCGUAUAUAGUGUACGAUAUAGUGGAUGGACAAGAAUCAGAUUCAUCUAAUUCAAAGACUAAUUGCACAGAAGCUCAUGCUAUUGUUGAUAUUUGUUCCCAAAUAUUGAACAUGAAUUCACAUUCUUCGAUAGGUAUAAUUACUCCUUAUCAAGCACAACGUAGUCUCUAUUCUAGUGCUUUGGGGCAUAAUUCUUCAUACAGACAUAUUGAAAUCAAUACUGUUGAUGGUUUUCAAGGACGGGAGAAAGAUAUAAUUAUCUUGUCAUGUGUGCGUGCUAACCGUGGAAAAGGUGGCAUAGGUUUCCUUGCCUGUCCUAAAAGACUAAAUGUUGCCAUUACCAGAGCUUGUAAGUGUUUAAUUAUUUGUGUUCAUUCUAAAACUUUAGAGCAGAAUGAAGAUUGGAGAAAACUAAUUGAAGAUGCUAGAAACAGACAUCUUUGUAUAUCUGUUAAUUCUUAUAGAGAUAUGCAAUUGAUUUUUCAGACAACAAUGGUAAGACAGAAGUCUAAAAGAAGACAUUAGUAUCAUUGUUGAUCUCAUCUUUUAUGAAAUGUAAACAGAGACACACAAUCCAGUUUUUGUAAAAUAAAAAUCAGUUAUAGGUAUUUAUGAAAAUGUCUGAAUAUUCUGUUCUAUCAUAGCUAAUUGCUUUAAUGUAUCUCUUAUAGAAACAAAGACAGAGAUUUCAAUAACUGAGAAGAUCAAAUAAAUAUAAAUUUCAUUACAGUUUUGAUUUAAUGAUAAGUUUUUGGUAUAUAAAUCCUUUGCAAAAGUAGUGUAUUAUUUUUUUGUAACUUUAAAUAUUUAAUUUUCAGCAAGAAAAGCUUUUAUGAAGUAAUUGAAAUAUCCAUGGUUACAUCUUAUAUCUAUGGUCCAAAAUGUAAUAUCUACGUUUCUUGACUACAUAAUUUUGAAUAUGUUCUUCCGAUGUUUUAUCUUAUUAAUUUCUAUUCUUUUUUGUUUAAAAGACAGCAUGUAAUAUUUAAUAAUUUACAGAGGCACUUUUUUUUAAUAUAAUCUCGGUUAUUGUGAACCAUAAAUGAAAUCUAGACAAAAGUGGUCAAAUAAAUUUUUAAAAAGGAAUGUUUUUGUUGUAACCUGUAUUUGUGAAAGACUUCGUUAAAUUGAUUGAUAUAUAUUAAUGCUCUUUAUACAUGUAUUAUGGAUCAUUGUUGGAUAAUUUAUUUAUAUAUUGUAGUGACACAAAGUAAGAUAAAAAAUAUAUGCUUGUCAUUUCUAGAAUUGAAUUAGAGAAAAAUAUUGCAAAA